AUGCAGCAUAAUAUCAGCUACGGUCAGAGUACAAGUCCCGGUCCUAUGAUGGACAGAGCAUCCACUUCACCAAGCACUACAGACCCCAAUCGCUCCCAAGCCUUCAUCGACAGCAUCAAUGCUCACCCAAGCACGCGUCUGCGGCAUACCAUUGAGCGCUCCAACAUUAAUGGCCCUCCUUCAUCUUCGAAUGCUCCGCCCCCGCCUCCCGUAAGAUUCAGUGUCCCGCAUGCCGAGGUGCCAGGACAAUCGUACGCACAGAGGCUGUAUGCCAGUGCUUUCUCCAAAAACAAUCAGGCCCAUCCCCACCCUCAUCCCGUACACUCCAAGUCGGCGCCGGUGUCUGAGCCUCCAACGACUAACUGGGGCUACGUGAAAGAGGAUGUUUCAAUGUACCCGACGUAUCGACCUGAGGAAUCGAUAAAUGUAUCGAUGUACAAGGGUGGAAUACAGUCUGGAUAUUCUGCACUACCCGCCUCGUCGUCAUCGUCGAGACAAAGUGGACUCAACACAUCUCGUGGACCAUCGCAUACAUAUCCCAUGUUUCAGCGGUCCCCUUCUCCGUCGGUGCCUCCGCCUCCGCCUCCGCCUGUUGCGACUUCAAUUUCGUUUGGUAACGGCGAACAUUUAUCUCGCCCCCUUGCCUCAUCAUUCGUGUCGCAAGCAUCUACCGCGGGGUCGCCUCCUGCUUCGCGCCCACCAAGCACGAAUUACCCUCACUCUAAUCCAGAUGCGGGUCCCAGAUGGCUGAGCUCUGCAUCGUCUUGGGGUGCUCAAGCCCCGUAUCCUGUACAUUCAGGCGGCUCACCACCUCCGCCUGCACUUCCGCCUAUUGUUCUCGCCCCUGACAUGAGGCAGGCAAGCCCUACUCCUCCGCCUGCACCCCCCAUCCAUCUUGUACCCGAUUCUCCGUAUACUGUAUCCCCGCCUACGACUUUCUCUUCUUUACCCCCUGAGGCACGGAGAACCACAGCCUCGUCGCCCAUGUCAACGCCUGCUCCGCUUCCACCUGCAGAAUUCAAUAGGUCCCGGUCGCCUCCAGCGUCUAAUGCUCAUGCAUCGCCGCAGCUAGCGGGUGCUAGGACGCUGCCAUUUGUCCCGCCUUAUGACACGGGGCCUGCUAGCCAUACGCUUGCCCAUGUGCAGCCUUCUGCUUCCCAACCUACAACAUUGGCCGCUGAACCAGAGCGAACGCCUAUACCCCAAGUGCCUGCCGCCAGCGUUCCUCAGGCACCGACUUUUGGAAGUCAGGGUCCGAGCGGAGGACUGACCACGGGUGCAGAUCCACUUGUCUCAGCAACACAGCCAGGGGACAACAAUGCCUUGUCGCUUUCUGAACUAGGGCCUGCGCUCGAUGCGGUCUCUGAUGGCCAGGACGACAUGUUUGAGUAUGAGGAGUAUGAAGUCGAGGAAGAGGUCCCGGUAUACUCACUAUACGACGAGGCGCCGCCUCCGCCGUCGUUUGAUGAGGUGCACCCGGGUCCUGGACUACGGCCUCGGACGACGACGGUCAGGAGGACGAUCAGGAGAACCGUUCGCCGCCGCAGGGAUGGUGGCACAUCGGGUCCAACUGGUGGACACCCCCCUCCAGUGCCGCCGUUGCCGUCGAGUGAUGCUGCUCUUUGA